AUGGAGAAAGGGACGGCUUCGAGUGGAGGCUGGUUUCUCCAUCAUCUCCGUUGCUCUUUUGCUUGUUCUGGGCAAGAAGCAGUUUGUCAAGGGACAAAUAACAAGCUGACGCAGCUGGGGCACGUGGAGGACCAUUUCACCAGCCUGCAGAGGAUGUAUAACAACUGUGAGGUGGUACUGAGCAACCUAGAGAUUACAUACGUGGAGCACAAUCGUGACCUCUCCUUCCUGAAGUCCAUACAGGAGGUUGCGGGCUACGUGCUCAUCGCACUUAACAUGGUGGAUGUAAUUCCCCUAGAAAAUCUUCAGAUCAUCCGAGGCAAUGUGCUUUAUGACAACUCUUAUGCUCUGGCAGUUUUAUCCAACUACCACAUGAAUAAAACCCAAGGACUCCGUGAACUGCCAAUGAGACAGCUGUCAGAAAUUCUCAAUGGAGGUGUUAAAAUCAGCAACAACCCCAAAUUAUGCAACAUGGACACUGUCCAGUGGAAUGACAUCAUUGACACAAGCAAAAAUCCUCCUACAGUGCUCGAUUUUGCAAGAAACCUGUCCUCUUGUCCCAAAUGCCAUCCGAACUGCACAGAGAAGUACUGCUGGGGCCCUGGUGAAGAGAACUGCCAGACAUUAACAAAAGUCAUCUGUGCCCAGCAGUGCUCUGGACGGUGCAGGGGAAAGGUGCCCAGUGACUGCUGCCACAACCAGUGUGCUGCUGGGUGUACAGGACCUCGGGAGAGCGACUGUCUGGCAUGUCGCAAGUUUCGGGAUGAUGCCACCUGCAAGGACACAUGUCCCCCAUUAGUCCUGUAUAAUCCCACCACCUACCAGAUGGAUGUCAACCCCGAUGGAAAAUACAGCUUUGGAGCCACGUGCGUGAGGGAAUGUCCUCACAACUAUGUGGUGACGGACCAUGGCUCCUGUGUUCGCUCGUGUAAUACUGAUACUUAUGAAGUGGAAGAAAAUGGUGUUCGGAAGUGUAAAAAAUGUGACGGGCUGUGCAGCAAAGUAUGCAAUGGCAUCGGGAUUGGUGAGCUUAAGGGGAUUCUCUCCAUAAAUGCCACAAACAUUGACUCCUUCAAAAACUGUACCAAGAUCAACGGGGACGUCAGCAUACUCCCAGUUGCAUUUCUAGGUGAUGCCUUCACCAAGACGCUGCCUCUUGACCCUAAGAAACUGGAUGUCUUCAAAACAGUCAAAGAAAUAUCAGGAUUUUUGUUGAUUCAGGCUUGGCCUGAAAAUGCUACUGAUCUCUAUGCUUUUGAAAAUCUGGAGAUUAUACGAGGCAGAACCAAGCAACAUGGCCAAUACUCCCUUGCAGUUGUUAAUUUGAAAAUACAGUCAUUAGGGCUGCGCUCCCUUAAGGAAAUCAGUGAUGGAGAUGUUGCCAUUAUGAAGAACAAGAACCUCUGCUAUGCAGACACGAUGAACUGGCGCAGUCUGUUUGCAACUCAGAGUCAGAAAACAAAAAUAAUACAAAACAGAAAUCAAAAUGAAUGUGCUGCUGCUCAGCAUGUUUGUGACCCCAUGUGCUCAGACAUAGGCUGCUGGGGCCCUGGGCCCUUCCACUGCUUCUCCUGCAAAUAUUUUGGCCGCCAGAAGGAGUGUGUGAAAGAGUGCAAUAUCCUGCAAGGGGAGCCCCGGGAGUUUGAAAGGGACUCGAAGUGCCUCCCAUGUCACCCUGAGUGCCUGGUGCAAAACUCCACCAUCUACAAUGCCACCUGCACUGGACCCGGCCCAGACAACUGCAUGAAAUGUGCCCACUUCAUAGAUGGCCCUCACUGCGUGAAAACCUGCCCUGCGGGGGUGCUGGGGGAGAAUGAUACCCUCGUCUGGAAAUACGCCGACGGAAACUCCGUCUGCCAACUCUGCCAUCCCAACUGUACCCGUGGGUGCAAAGGGCCAGGUCUUGAAGGCUGUCCAAACGGCUCCAAAAUCCCCUCCAUCGCAGCUGGUGUGGUCGGAGGCCUCCUGUGCCUCGUUGUGGUUGGCUUGGGCAUCGGCCUCUACGUGCGCCGGCGCCACAUCGUGCGGAAGCGGACCCUGCGCCGGCUGCUCCAGGAGAGGGAGCUUGUGGAACCUCUGACACCCAGCGGGGAGGCACCAAACCAGGCUCAUCUGAGAAUUUUAAAGGAAACUGAAUUUAAGAAGGUCAAAGUUUUAGGCUCUGGGGCUUUUGGCACUGUUUAUAAGGGACUUUGGAUCCCAGAAGGGGAGAAGGUUAAAAUUCCUGUUGCUAUUAAAGAGUUGAGAGAGGCUACAUCACCCAAAGCCAACAAGGAAAUACUUGAUGAAGCUUACGUGAUGGCCAGUGUUGACAAUCCCCACGUCUGCCGCUUGCUGGGGAUCUGCCUCACUUCCACCGUGCAGCUCAUCACGCAGCUCAUGCCAUACGGCUGCCUCCUCGACUACAUCCGCGAGCACAAGGACAACAUUGGCUCCCAGUACCUCCUCAACUGGUGUGUGCAGAUCGCAAAGGGUAUCAUUUAUAAACAUAAUCUUUCACUGGGGCACAGAGACAUUGCCGCCAGGAACGUCCUCGUGAAAACUCCUCAGCACGUGAAAAUCACCGACUUUGGGCUGGCCAAGCUGCUUGGUGCUGAUGAGAAAGAGUAUCACGCGGAGGGAGGCAAGGUUCCUAUUAAAUGGAUGGCUUUGGAGUCAAUUUUACACCGGAUCUACACUCAUCAAAGUGAUGUCUGGAGUUAUGGUGUGACUGUCUGGGAGCUCAUGACGUUUGGGUCCAAGCCAUACGAAGGGAUUCCCGCCAGUGAAAUUUCCUCAGUCUUGGAGAAGGGCGAGCGUUUGCCUCAGCCACCGAUCUGUACCAUUGACGUCUACAUGAUCAUGGUCAAAUGCUGGAUGAUCGAUGCCGACAGCCGUCCCAAGUUUCGUGAACUGAUAGCGGAGUUCUCCAAAAUGGCCCGAGACCCUCCACGCUACCUUGUUAUACAGGGAGAUGAAAGGAUGCACUUGCCCAGCCCUACAGAUUCCAAGUUUUAUCGCACCCUGAUGGAAGAGGAAGACAUGGAAGAUAUAGUGGAUGCAGAUGAAUAUCUCGUUCCACACCAGGGAUUUUUCAGUAGCCCCUCAACAUCCCGGACUCCGCUUCUGAGUUCAUUGAGUGCUACCAGCAACAAUUCUGCCACAACCUGUAUUGAUAGAAAUGGGCAGGGACACCCAGUGAGGGAAGACAGCUUUGCCCAGAGGUAUAGUUCAGACCCGACGGGUGCUUUCUUGGAAGACAGCAUAGACGAUGGCUUCCUGCCUGCUCCAGAGUAUGUAAACCAGUUGAUGCCCAAGAAACCAUCUGUGGCAGUGGUCCAGAAUCCGAUCUACAACAACUGCUCUGUCUCGGGAAAUUCCACGGACUCGGGCUACCAGAAUUCCCACAGUACAGCCGUGGACAACCCUGAGUAUCUCAACACCAAUCAGUCUCCUCUGGGCACGACAGUCUUCGAGAGCUCUCCGUAUUGGAUCCAGGCGGGCAAUCACCAAAUAAACCUGGACAAUCCUGACUAUCAGCAGGACUUCCUGCCGAAAGAAAGCAAACCUAAUGGUCUUUUGAAAGUUCCUGCAGCAGAAAACCCAGAGUAUUUAAGGGUAGCAGCACCAAAAAGUGAAUACAUUGAAGCCUCAGCAUGACCAUAGAGAAUUACUUCUUGCAGCGAGGCAAGCCAGGCUCUUGGUGAAGCACCUGGCUGCUGCAGGAACAGACUCUGCACAGAGCGAGUGGCAACUGCAGUGCAUCAGCCAGCACAUCUUUCCCUUCCAGCAUGUGGGCU